AUGUUUGAAAUCACCGGAAAACUAAUAUUCGUCAGAGACUCGUGGAAGAAGAUGACCGAAGAGUCGCUGGAGAUGACAAACUUCAUCCACGACAACCCCACUGGGCGAAGAAUGGCACAAGAGUUAACCCUAGGGAUUUUAAUUGACGUCGUCGACGACGAAUGGAUGAGAGAUACUCUUCCUGACGAUGAUCUCGCAUUACCCCCAUCACUCGUCCCUCGGAAUGAUGAUGCUGAAGAUUCCAAUCAUGAGGCACCACAAGCGGAUGGAGAUAUUUGGCACGAUCUUGCACUUGGGUCAACUCAGUAGUACAGAUGUUGUCUAACUGCAUCUUUGUUACACAUCUUCUAAUAUUUCAAAUUUCAUUACAUAUGUUAUUAGCCUUAUGUUAUCUUACCCUAAGGUGGUGU